AGUAACAUUCACUCAUGUAAGAUGGAAUAGUAGUGUUCAAUGUAAGAGACCUCUUGAGUUGAGCCAACUGUGUAAUCUUUCUCGUUUUACUGCCAAAAUGAAAGUUACAUUUAAAGCCCCUCUCCCCAACAGAUACUCCAGGGAGUCCAAAGCUAUCAGAGUUGUCUGAGGUGUCAGAGGGGACAUCAGUGACUCUGACCUGCACUGCUCCUGCUCCCUGUCCCUCUCAGCCUCCCACCAUCACCUGGUCUCUUCCCACUGGGAACACACACACUCACAUACAGGAUAAGAAGAAUGGCAACAGAUCCCUUGUGUCUUAUUGGAACUUCACUGCUUCCCGUAGUCACCAUGGGAGAGAAAUCUACUGCACGGCUUCUUACACUAGACAGAACAGCAGCACUGUGGAAGCAAAUAGCACUGUGCAGAUACUCACAGUCUUGUGUAAGAAUUUGUUUAGCCACUGGCUCAGUAUGGUUAAUAGUUUCGUAAGAUGUCUCAAAUGUUCUGAUAUACUAGAAGUUACAUUUCUUCCAUAUAGGGCCUUCAAGUGUUUCUGAUUUCUGAUAUAUGUUAUGCUCUCUCCCGCAGUCUCUCCUGUGGAGGUCGUGGUCUCUGUGAGUCCUCCAGCUCCACCAGCAGAGGGCAGUAGUGUGACUCUGACCUGUAACAGCAGUGAGUGCAACCCUCCAGUGCAGAGCUACACCUGGUUUAGAGGGGGCCAGCAGGGCCAGCACACACUUAUAGCAUCUGGACAAACCCUCACCUUCAAUCUCAGCUCCAGUGAUGAAGGACUGUACUACUGCAGGGCAGAACACCCACAGGGGGGAAAAGAGUCUGCUGCAGUGAGACUGGUGAUUAAAGAGGAUAAAAGGGAUUUUUUCUUAACCAUCGGAUUGUCCGGAGGAUCUCUGGCAAUAGUAGUCCUGAUGGCUGCGCUGAUCAUUUGUGCUAAGAGACAUAACAAGUCAACAUCAACUGAGGAGCAGACUUCUGAGAGCGAGACCUCAGCUACGUGUGAUAAGGAAGGGCCUGCACCCACUAACGGACCCAAACCCUCAGAGGAACAAGUGGAGAUCCACUAUGGGGAGAUUGACUUCUCCAAACUGCCCCUCAGAGACACCUCCGAGGGGCAGAAACAGGGACCAGGGCAGGAGACGGAGUACGCAGAGGUCCAUUUGUCCAGCAGAGACGCCACGGCUACUGGUCAAACAGGUCCAGACAAAGAAGAGCUUUAUGCCAAAGUACAGAAGUAA